UUUGGCUUCCCCUUGCCUGAUAACUAUUUAAAUACAUUUUACUAACUUUGGAUUCCUUGCUCACUUCACCUGGCCUGGCAGGUCUGUGAGGACUCAAGGGUUAGCUUCUCCACUUUUCUUUUUUGAUUGUUUAUUUUUCAGUGACUGUUUCUGUUAAGAUAACCAUGUUCAGAGGAGAGUCUGAAACACAUAAAUAAUGGGAAGUGCUAAUAGUAAGCAGACUGCUGCAAAAUGUGCUGGGGCUUUGACUUAAGGGAAGAAAGUGCAGCACUGUACUGUCCCUGAUCAGGAAGCUGGAGCAUUAAAGAAUUCACUUAAGAUCAAAAAUGCUGGAGAUUGGAAACAUCCCAAUAAACUACUUCUGUCGAAGCUACAUCAUUGGAUUAUUUUUACCUCCUCACUAAAGAUGUUCGGAGAUGAAGCCAAAUACAAGCAUGAGAGGAAGUUCUAGAGAUGAGAAGCAAAAUUGGCGAAGAAGAAAGAUUCCUUCACCUGUUCCAUAAGAUGAAUCAGUAUGCUGCAGCACUGACUGGAGGAAUUGCUUUAUAUUUAUAAAUUGCAAACGACUGGAACUCUGCAACACAGUCAUCUGCCCAUUUGACGCCUGGUUUUAAUCCUUUGGAUAGUUCAUUCAUGACUCCCAUGAACAAUGCAGGGAAAUAAGAAACAUACAGAAGGACAGAGCGACUCCUCAAGUAUUGGGAGUCUCCUGGAUGACACAGACCGAGAGGUGAGCAGCCUCACAGAUCGGGCUUUCAAAAGUCUGUGUGUGGCAGAACUUGAAGACUCUUAUAAUGAACCAGAUCUUGCCAUUUCACCUGACUUCACUCGCCAGUUCUCUGCUAAAUUUCAUCCAGGGGCAUUAAACCAUGCCAUCAAAUUAACAGCAAGCUGUAACAAGCUAGCAGCAAGAAACAAUGAAAAUGCAAUAUGGGCUUCAACAUUCCAGCAGUUACCAAAGUGUGCUCCAGAAGAGAAAAAGAGUGCCAAGAAUAACACCCUUGGUACAGAAAGGAAAAAGCUGAAUUUGCCAGUCCCUGGUCCAAGGAACAAUAAACAUGUUUCAAAAGUUUCUUCACUGAUUAAGACGUUCGAUAAGACUGCAAAUCAAGGGUCAGGAGAUUCCCUGAUAGCCAGCAAGCAGCCCAUUAAAAAUAGCUUUCAAAGAUGUAAAUUAAAUCAUGGAAAUGAUAUGGCAUGCUGGGAUAACACAGCCAUUUUAAACAUCCACAAGGAACUGUCUGGAUUUUCUGAGGAUAGUCAAGAUAGCCACCAUGUCAGUGGCAAACAUGAGCCACAGAAAAGACCUAAUAAAAUAGAUAUGAGUUACUGGGGUUCUGAUGGUUGUUAUCCUGUGUUGAUUGAGAUGUCAAAAGUAGCCAAGUCAAAUUUUUCCCGUUCAUCUAAAAAUGCUUUCAAAAACAAAAAUUUGAAAGUUAAUGAGCCAGCAAAAAAAGGCAAUUUUCUUCACAGUGAGAAUAGUGCUUUUGAAUCAUGGAAUGUCCAUCAUAGAAAAUUGUCUGAAAAAGAGGAAUUUGUUGAUCCAGUAACAGAAAAGGAAAGUCUUACAUACCGCGAAGAAACGCCAGUUAUUGAAGGAUCUCAUGCAAGUGAACUUAAAUUGCCACCCGUCAAGGCCACUGUUGCUAAGAAUCAGAAGAAAGAUUUUCAGAUGGAGCCAACUCCACCAGAAACUGCUUUUAGUAUCCCCCUCCCAGCUGUAUUUGUACCUCGGGGUCCCCUCCCUUCUGGAACUGAUUUUCCUGCUGCUCUUCCUCCUGUACCUCCACCUAGGAUCCACGUGCACCAGAAUCCUCCUCAGCCACCUCCAGUCCCUCAGCCACUUCCACUCCCAGCUCCCCCACAUCCCCCAACACCGCCCAUCCAUGAAGCCCCUCCUAUACCACCCCUGCCACUUCCAGAUCAACUUUCCCCUCCUGCCAUGUCCCAGACCUCCAUCUCACCCCAGUCCAUGUCCCACAGGAUGGUUUCUCCCUCAUCUCUGUCCCAGGCACCUGUUCCACUUCCACGAGGGCUCCCAGCCACCUUAACCAAACAGGAAGCCACCAGUCUACCCUGGAGGAGGCUGAGGGCUACAAAAGGAGCAUCAGAGAGGAGACAAACUUCAGAGGAGUUCUCAACCAGCAAUGAAACAUGUUUAUUGUCUGAAAAAGCAUCUGGAGCCAAACCUGAUCAGGAUGUGACUCCUCUGAUUAAACAGGCAAACUCUCCUGGAUCGGUCAGUCCCAUUUUUAACAUCACUAAACUCUUAACACCCAUUAUACCACCAAAACAGGAGAUUGAUCCCAUGGAAAGUGAAAUGAUCCCGCUCACGCCUCCUCCCACUGAGAGCAUGUCAGAGAGAGAUGAUGAAGGGAGUGUGUUUAGUGAUUACAGGUCUCGGGACAGUUACAAAUCAAAAGCAUCAAGUCUAUUGUUCAACUUGAAAGAUGUGCGUAAACGUGUUAAGACUAUUUACACCCCUUCUCCUCUAUUAAGAGUCUUGGAAAAUAGAAAUAGGGCUAGGGAAAGUAUACAGGAGAAUUUGCAAGAGAAAAAUAGCAUGAAGAUGGCAGAGAAAGAUGAAUUGAGUGAUAUAACUUCAGCGUUGUCUGAGAGUAUUCAUGAAAAGGACAAUAAAACUGAUUUAGCUGGACACUUCACAGACGAUUACCUGACUUUGAGUUCACCCCAGACAACAGCAGACUUUUUAUUUCACCAGACUGUAGACAAUUUGCAGCAAGAUCAUUCAACACAUGAAGAUCUGAUUAAAAAUACAAGGGGUAAUGAGGACUACCCCUUGUUAGGGCAUCAGUGUGAAGAGCCCAAUUUAAGAAAAAGUUUGCCUUAUCCGGCAAUGAAACUAUACAGUAGAGACGAUACAGAUACAACACUUGGGCAGCCCUUGCAAAAUUCCAGUUUCCAAGCUGAGGAAAAGGAGAGAGAGGCUGGUAAACCGAAUGAAAAUGUUGCUUUCAAAACACUCCCAAGCCAACUCUCACCAGCAGAGGAUGUACCUUACAGCGACAUCCAAACCAACAUGGCAGUCACUGACCAUGAAGCACAAGGCAAAAGAAGCCCUAGUUCUUCUGAACAGUCUUUCAUCUCCACAGUAGAGCAACCAUUUCAGGAGGAGCAACUUUCACCAGAACUCCUGGUGGAGAAGGAAAGCCUUCAAGAAAGCCAGAGGACUAAAGCUGAAAUGAGUGCAGAAAGUAAGAAAAGUCACGAGGAGAGAAGGAAUGCAGUUGGGGAAGACAAACUGCAGUAUUAUGCUUGUGUCAGCUCUGGUACUGGUGCAUCAGAGAGGAAGGAGGGUACAGUUACUGAGAAUGAACAGAGGAGCAUGAUAAAAGAAAAACUAAGACAAGAGAAAAAGGAAGAAGCCAAUGGCAUGGAUUCUGCUUCUGACAGCAUAAAAGACUCAUCCACUCCAAGGUCUGAGGAGCCACAAACUCGACCAUCUUCAAGUUCAGCCAAACCCUGUCUGUUUAUGAUCAAAGAUAACAAAUUCAGGUCACCUCAGGUAAUAAGAGCUGUCAAGAUGCCUCUGUUUAGAUCCUUUUCCCUAGAUGAUACAGUGAGCAGCAGUUAUAAAGAAAUGGAAGGUAGAUUUGCACUCCCAGUUGCACACAGCAAGCAACCCCAGGACAUGCUGCAUGCCGCGGAGCAAGGCUGGUUGGCAUCGAUGCGCAUAGGGCAACAGGAUGUGAGGGAAGGAGCAACCGACAGAGGGAGAGAUGCCAGUGAGACUGGAUCUACUUCAGCAACACUGGACCCCAAUCUUCUGGAAGAUACAGAGAGCUUUUUGUUAGGGAAGCUGAUGGAAGAAGAUGAAGAGACUUGUACUUUGUUAAAUGAAGUUGGGAAAAUGAAUGAGGAAAGUAUCUGCAGAGAUAAAAAGAAGCCCCAGAUUAGAAAGGCAAGACACAGCUUAACACAGCCAAAUUUAGGUCUAGAAAAUGACCAAGCACAAAACAGCCCCAGCUAUCCAACAGAAAGAAAGGUAAAUUACUUUAAGAACCAUCGUUUGUUUAAUCGCAGAGGUGGUUCUUGUGCAAAAAAAAUAAUAACUACAGAGACAAUUUCCCCUGUGGCUGAAUCCAUACCAGAGGACCAUACAUAUCUUUCUGUAUCCCAUGAAGAGGAGAUGCUAGACAUGGAAGAUACACAAGUUUUGUUAGACAGCCUUGAAUGCUCUGCUGUUACAAGCCCCAGAUCAGGAAGCACAAUGCACUCUCUUGUUGUCAGUUUACCAUCAGAGAAACCAACAAUUUCUAGCCUUGGAGAGACAGAAGGUGCUAUAAACCCUGCCUUACUGAACAUGGCAUUGAAGAGUCAAGCUGAUACAUCUGCAGAAGAAAUACUCAAUUCAACACAGAGGCAUCCUCUACUUGAUCCUGCAGGGGAAGCUGAGAGACUGGGACUCGGGGAGAGAGGAGCGAGCAAGCCUCCUGCUGUGCCACCAAAAACAGAAAAGGCUCUGCGGCGGGCCAAAAAGCUGGCAAGCAGGAGGAAGAAAAUAGAAGAGCAGCAGAAAAAGCAUCAGGCAGAGCAUACAGACAUUGCAGGGAGAAAAGUUUCUCGUUCUGGGCACACACUAGCAUCUCCCUCACCACUGGGGUAUUCUAUCCAUCCUGCUCCUCAUUCAACUUUUACUUCUCCAGAAACCAGUAUAAGAAGACUUAGUGGUGCAUCUGCAGUAAGCCCUUCACCUUCUUUGACCCAGCGUAAACUUCUCCAAGACCCUGAUUCUGGCCAAUACUAUGUAGUUGAUUUACCAGCUGAAGUUAAUGUAAAGACUUUUUAUGACCCAGAAACUGGCAAGUAUGUUCAAGUCUCAGUCCCUUACUCCGAAGAAAAUGCAUACCAGCCCUCAUCUUCAGAAAUCAGGAAUUCUCCUUAUGCCUCCUACCCUAGAGCACUGCCUUUACCAGCUUCAUCUGUGGCAGUGCUGAGAUCACCUUCUCAGCUCUCUGAAUCUACCUGGUUAAUGUCAGCCAAACAAGGAGAACCGGCAGAACUACCAAAAGAUGGUCAACAGGACUACAGAUACGCUGGAGCUGUGGAUAACCAGCCCUGUACUGAACCAGCCUCUCACUCCUGCAGCCAAGAUACGGAAGAAACUCACAUUUGCUUAGGAAAGGACAUGAGCUCAACCCCAAAUACAGCCCUGGUGUCUCUCACUAAUUUAGAUAAUUUUUCUGCUGAAGGAGUAUCUUGAAAAAUGAAGCAACAAAACAUGCCAGCUGGUGUUAAGAUCCAUUUGGACAGUCACAUGCACACACGAGCACACACAGAUUUUAUGUUUGUACAACACUAUGUCUGAAUCUCAUUAUGGUUUGGGUGGGAAGGAAAAUGAAGGAUGAUCAUGUUGAAAGAUAAGAGGAGACGGUCUCUCUGAAGAAGUGUAAAAUUGAGUGAGCCCCAAAUCACCAAUGAGAUAAAAGGGCAAUGUCAGCUAAACAAAUAAACACAAUGGUAUGAAGCCACUGCUUGUUGCUACUGCUGCUUUGCCAUUAGGGUGGCCUGGGAUUGCCAAAGCAAGCGUUCUUUUGCCCAGAUGUGUUGCAUGAUAUAUGGCAGAAAGUCAAGCCUAUGAGACCAUCCUGUCCAUCCUGAGAACUAAGAGAGAUGCUGCAUCUCUUGAACUUUCCUCACUCAGUGCCUUUGAACUGUACUGGCAGGCAGAAUGCUACAAACAUGCCACAAACCUGAGAUUCAUUUUUUGCUCACAUUGAUUAACCAGAUGUUAUUAAUAAAGAUGCACAGUACAACAGCCAUACCAAAGAAAAAUUUAAACAACCAGAAUACAGUUGCAGCUGCUCUUGACUUCUUAUAUACUCUUGUAGUGUCCACUAACAUGCUGCUGAAUUCCUUACAUUUGUUGAUAAUUUCCAAUUAUGCUCCUCUAGCAUCAGGGGUUAUUUAUAAUGCAACUUUAAACUUCUACUUCUCUUGAUAGUUGGCCCAAAAUAUUUUGGUAAGGAGCAAGGUUGAAUAAAAUCCCAUAACACAAAGUAUUUAACUUUUGUUAUAAUGAAAAGAUCUCUGCUUGAUAUAAUUGAAACGCUUUUCUUUUUGGUUUGGUGUUAGGCUCCCACUGAAAUACAGUGCUAACUUUUAAAAUCUGAAAAAUGUUGUUCUUAAUUUUGUUUUCAUGCAUUCUGCGAUUAAAAAAAAAAAAA